AAACAUGUCCCUCAGGCACUCAGACCUGCUGAGCUCUCUCCCUUGUUCCUUCCCAGGACAAUGGGGGGCAACCAGACCUCUGUCACAGAGUUCCUCCUAGUGGGAUUCCCACUCAGCCCAGGGAUGCGGGUGCUUUUAUUUGGGCUCUUCUCUGUGUUCUAUGCCUUCACCCUGCUGGGCAACAGGGUCAUCCUGGGGCUCAUCUCACUGGACCCCCGACUGCACACCCCCAUGUACUUCUUCCUCUCCCACCUGGCCACUGUGGACAUAGCCUAUGCCUGCAACACGGUGCCCCAGAUGCUGGUCAAUCUCCUGAGCCCAGCCCAGCCCAUCUCCUUUGCUGGCUGCCUGACACAGACCUUCCUCUUCAUAGUUUUUGCUUCCACGGAAUGUCUUCUCCUGAUGGUCAUGUCCUAUGACAGGUACGUGGCCAUCUGCCUGCCCCUUCGGUAUUCUACCAUCAUGAACUGGAGAGUCUGCUUCAUCCUGGCAGUGACUUCCUGGACUAUAGGAGUCCUCCUGACCCUAGUACAUCUGGUAUUGCUGUUACCAUUGCCUUUCUGUGGGCACCAGAAUGUGAAUCACUUCUUCUGUGAGCUUCUAGCUGUUCUCAAACUCGCCUGUGCAGACACCCACCUUAACGAGGUUGUGGUUGUGGCUCUGUCAGCUUUGGGGCUGGUGGGACCCGUGUGCACAAUUAUGGUCUCCUAUGGUCACAUUCUAUGUGUCAUCCUGAAGAUCCAGUCAGCAGAGGGGCGCUGGAAAGCUUUCUCCACCUGCUCCUCCCACCUCUGUGUGAUGGGACUCUUUUAUGGCACAGCCAUUAUCAUGUAUGUUGGACCUCAACAUGGGGAUCCCCAGGAGCGGAAUAAAUACCUCCUCCUGUUUCACAGCCUUUUCAAUCCCAUGCUGAAUCCCCUGAUCUACAGUCUGAGGAACAGAGAUGUCAAUGCUGCUCUGAGAAGGAGGCUGAAGAGGAGACACUGUCAUGAGAGCCUCACUGAUAAAAAAAUAAUUGAGUGUAAAGAGAGCCAGUGUGUUACCUUACCCGAUAUGUGCACGGGAAUGCAGAGACAUGCUCUACGCCUAAGGCGUUCUUUACAUGUUCUCCUGUCACUAUCUCCAGAGAAAGCCCAUUUUGGUCGCUGUCUACAAGGAUGCUGCACAAGAAAAUGA